AAAGCCUCUUAUUACUGAGACGAUCAUCGUGUGUUUGUGUUCCUCCUGUGGUGGAUUAGGCCGAAGAUCCACAAUGAGGCCCGUUGGAGAUACGAAUCUCAAUCUCUAGCAACCAUACCAAAGGCAAUUCCUUUUUUUUUUUAACAUGCCACCAACUAUAACGGUAAGUUAUAUCACUCAUCAUCCAACCAAAGAACCAACGGCUUUCUCAGUCGUACUAAGCUAACGGCUUCCAUUCUAUUUCUAUUUCUAAUUUCUAUCAGUCAGUCUCCUUCCAUUAUUUACUUCUUCUACCUCAAACCCUAACCUUCCAUUCACAACUUUAACAUCUCACUUUGGAUUCUCACUUCUCUUUUCUCAAACAAAAUGGCUACUCAUGUUCUUGCUGUUAUCCUCAAAAACCCAUCAAACGACGCCCAAUUCCUCCUCCUUAAGCAAAAUCCUCCGCCUAAAUUCGGCCAAGACGAGUACGAUUCUUAUGUGGAUUCUGAUCUAUGGGACCUCCCUUCCACGCUUCUCAACCUUCAACAUAAUCAUUCCAACUCUGGGAUCUUUAUCCAAGCCGCCCAAUCCUUCUCUCAGAAUAUUGAUUUGACUAAAUUUGAUGUCCAAUUGGGUCUUAAUCGGGUGUUGGAGCAAGUGAGUUUUAAGGUGAGUGAUGUAGGGGAGUGGACUUUGUUUAAGUAUGUGGAGGAAGCUGAGUUCGGACCUGGGUUUCCAGUUAAUACUGUGUUUCUUAUGGGGAAAUUGUUGGAUGCAAAUCAAAAUUGUCAUGGGUUAUGUAAGUGGAUGUCUACUGAAAGCUGUCUUAAUUGGCUUCUGGAGGUGAAACCAUGUAAUGAUCGUGUAGGGCCUUUGGUAGUUGUUGGUCUUGUAAAUGAUUUAAAGCAGUCUGCAGCAAGGAAAUUACCACCCACCUUGCGUUAUCAGGAGUAUCCUCCUGGAGUCAUACUUGUACCUAUGCGAAGUAGGACGGUGAAGCCCUUCCAUACCACAAACUUGGUAAUAUUUGCGCCUGAAAAUGUUUCAGAUACAUCUGAAGACUGUAGCUUUGUUUCUCAUGGAGAUGCCUUGAUAGUGGAUCCAGGAUGCCGACAUGAGUACCACGAAGAGCUCAAGCAGAUUGUUGCUUGCUUGCCAAAAAAGUUAAUUGUCUUUGUUACUCAUCACCACCGUGAUCAUGUUGAAGGUCUUUCUAUUAUCCAAAAAUGCAAUCCUAAUGCUAUGCUGCUAGCACAUGAAAAUACCAUGCGUCGCAUUGGAAAAGGUGACUGGUCUCUUGGCUAUACCUCAAUUUCUGGAGAAGAAGAUAUUUUGGUUGGUGGUCAAAGAUUGACCGUCAUUUUCGCUCCAGGACAUACAGAUGGCCACGUGGCAUUGCUUGAUGUUAGUACUAACUCAUUAAUUGUGGGUGAUCAUUGUGUGGGUCAAGGAAGUGCUGCCUUGGACAUUACUUCUGGUGGAAACAUGACUGAAUACUUCCAAACAAGUUACAAAUUUAUAGAGCUUUCACCACAUGUUUUGGUUUCCAUGCAUGGGAGAGUCAAUCUGUGGCCAAAGAACAUGCUUUGUGGAUAUCUUAAGAACCGCAAAAGUAGAGAAGAAAGCAUUUUGAAAGCCAUAGAAAAUGGAGCAGAAACACUUUUUGACAUAGUUGCUAAUGUGUAUUCCGGGGUUGACCACAGUUUCUGGAUGGCUGCUGCAUCAAAUGUCAGGCUACAUGUGGAUCAUCUGGCCUGGCAGAAGAAGUUACCAGAGGAAUUUUCCAUUCAGAAGCUCCAUAAAACUUGGGUGUCUUUCAUUUUGAGGUGGACAUGUUCAUAUCUUAGUAGCAGGUUUCCUAUUAAGUGUCUGAAGCUGAAGAUUUUUAGUUUGCUUAUCGCUGGGAUAGUGGUUGGCGUUGCUGUAUAUUACUCAGUGAAGCCUGCUUAGAUUUGAACAAAGAGAGGUUAAGUGUAUAAUUUGGAGUUGGUCACAGGCUCUGGCAUUGCAUAUGGCAUUCAUCUACUGAUAAUUCAUGAAUGAAUUAUUAUUUUUAUCUUUUCUAGUAUAUUGAAAGGAAUUGCCAAAUGGGAUGUUGGAGCAAGAAUUUAUGGUAGAUCGAUAUAUAUUGUAUUGUGAUGUUGAUGUAAAAUGUUAAUUGAUGCUUAGGACAUCAUGUGAAGAAUACAUUGGCUACAGGAAGAAAAACCAUCUUCCAUUCAAUUCCUUGGUAAAUCAAGUGAAGUUGGCUGAUUAGCAUGAUCAAAAGUAUGGUAGUUGGAUAAAAUGCUGAGUUUGAUUGCUAAAUCGACAAUUGACUGAUGAGAAGCUAUUGUGGCGUACCUCAAUGGUACCAAUGUUGAUAGAUUAUGUACCAAAUCAAGAUCAAUUUCUUAAUGUGUUAGGAUUUAUAUUUUUUGUCUUUUAUUUGUUUUUAUGUUUGGAAGAAUGUGUCGUGAUUUUGUGAGAUUCUUUGUAUGUAUCAAUUCCUUUAUAUAUUUGGGAUUUUUUUUAAUAAAAUAAUAAUUAGAGCACAUUGUUUUUUAUCUCUAAUUACAAGGUAUUAGGCAAGGUUUUCUUUUGAAUUUUUUUCUUUCUAAUGGCUAAAACAGCCAUGACUGGUGCCUGUCGACAAAGUACAUUAGAGGUGAUUUCUGAACUGAUUCAAAAUUCUUAGCCACUAGCGUCUAUUGUAAGUGACUCGCAUUCCGUUCUAAUGAAAUAAUAUAAACUCAAUGGAACAAAAUUUUUAGAGUGGUCUCGAUCAGUAAUGUUGGUGGUUCAAGGGAAAGAAAAUUUUGAUUAUCUGACUGGUGCAACAAAGGAACCCAAGGAAGAAAAGCCAGGUCAUUCAAUACGAGUUUUUGAAAACUUCAUGGUAAUGUCAUAGUUAAUUCUAUGGAGCCUAAGAUUGGAACAUGGUUAGUUAAU